CGCCGCACCAGGCCACACACCCACCACACUCCAUCGCCCCGUGCCGCCAUCCACCUGGCCACCGCCGCCCCCGCGCCGCCAUCCACCUGGCCGCCGCCGCCCCCGUGCCGCCAUCCACCUGGCCGCCGCCGCCCCCACGUCGACGUCCAACCGCGCUGCCGCUGGAGUCCGGACCACCAACUACGCCGCCGCCGGAGUCCCGACCUUCAAGCGCGCCGCCGCCGAGCCCAGACCACCAAUGGCGGCGCCGCCGGAGACCCAACCUCCAACCUCAACGCCACCAGGCCCCGAUAACAAAAGCGUGCCAUCACCACCCCCACGACCCGCGUCGCCGGCGCCCCUCCUCCGCGGCCGGCGCUCUCCCAACCCGUGGUCGACACCCAUCCUCUUUUGCGGCCAGCGCCCUCCCUCCCCGCGGCCGGCGCGCUCCUUCCCCGCGGCUGACGGGCCUCCAGCUCUGUGGCCGGCGCAGUCCCUCCUCGCUGCAGCUUGCCCCUCCUCCAUGGAUGGCCUGCACCGGCUGCCGGAACUUGUUGAGGUGGUACCCUUAACCCUCGACCUUCAAUUACAGGUCACCAACGACGCUACAAAGAGAAAGGGCCCUGCGAAGUUCAGUUUUUUUAUUUUCUGAAGUUUAGUUUGUUGAUUUUCUGAAGAAAUAGGUUCCUUCACUUGCACUCCUCUAACUAGUCCUGUGUGGUGAUCUCCUCGACUCCUAGGUUCGGCACAAACUGAGAAUUGUAAGCAUCUUCUGAGUUUAUAAUGCUUGAAAUUGCAGUACGUGAUUAUAUAACAUUUUAGGUGGAAUUGGUCAAUGUUGUUCCCUGUAGUUGUAUAGUGUCCAGAUCAAUCGUCGAUUCCUAUUCUCUAAGUGAUUUUGAUGUCUGAAGUUCAACUGUAUAUGCAGGAGCAAAAAACUGUUGUUUUUGGUUCAUUAGUUUCAGUUUCACAGGUUGGUUUUCUUCUCAUUUUAUCUCCAAAAAUUAAUCAACAAGGAUCGACGGCAGUCCAGGAUCUGCGAAGACGAGGGAUGCUGUUUUUGGUUUGCUUUUGUGAAUCAGCAUCACCGCAUUACACACCACACCGCCCACCAGCAGUACGUGUCUCUCACCAUCGUCCUUCUCUCUUUCUCCUUUCUCUCUCACUCUCUCACGCAGGACACGGCGCUGCCAUGGCGGCCCCGAGGACGAUGAGAGCCAUGCAGUAUGACAAGUACGGCGAUGGAGCUGAAGGCCUCAAGGUACAUGCUCGUCGCCAUAACGAGCUGUCUCCAAACAGACUUGACAUGCGUCGUGUAAGGUUCAAUGACCGAAAGGUGAGGUUCAGACGCUGCCGCAAUCCGUGCGACGUAUGGCUCGGAGAACUUCUUGCAUUCCUACUAGAGUGAAACCGUUGGUGCUCAGGAUCAGACUUCGGUGGUUCAACCAUGCAUACAACGAGAUGAAAAGGUUGCUAUGAUAUUACUAUAUGCAUCAGCGUCACCUGCCAGAAGUGAUCUGCAAACUCUUGAGACUUGGCCACACAUGGCUGGAUGGCAUCCUUGCAAGCUCUGUAGGCUGUGACGAUCCUGGCAGCUACCGGCUUAGUGCUGUUCUUCAGUGAGUUGAAAUGAAAUUUGGCAACAGGCAACAAUUUCUUCAUGAAGCAAGAGAUGGCGUGUCAGAGUGUUUCACAAAAAGGCGAGGACGAGUGUUGGUUGAGAACAUUAGCCUACAUUUUUUGUUGCCUGCAAGUGUGGUUUCACCUGUCUUUGUGCAUGUGGCAAAGUCUCAGCAACCUGUGCCCUUGACUUUGUAAGACAGUGGUGGUUGCAUUUAUAAAUACUAGCAAGGAACACUUGAUAUUUAA